AUGCUGCUGCUCUUGGUUGCAAGCCUGGUCUUGAACCUUGCUUGGGCAUCGUCUCUUCCCGGUAACUCGUCUUAUGUCGCCGCGGCAGGAUUUCCGACCUCGGCGUUCUCAUCAUACUAUGUUUCUCCAGCUCACCCAACCAUCCAACCCCAGCCCAUCAUAUAUGAUCCUGUCCUGGACCUCACUUUCCCAUAUGGGCUAACUGAUCCUGAUAACAUUCCAAACAACCAUGAUGAAGUCUAUUUUCCUGUUCCACCGACUCACAUGCCCACCAGAAAGAGAUAUAAACUGGUUCAACGGGUCGUGAAUAACGUGACUAGCAUCAUCGGAACCAACUCCACAGAUCACUGCACCAAAUGCAAGAGGGCUCUAGCAGCAGCCAAACCAGCAGCACUGCAUGCACCAGCUCUUGUUCCGAAUGCCAUGGUCGAUCUCUGCAAGGCAUUCGCAUUUCACAGCAACGAGACCUGCGAGCAAGACUUUGCUACUAAUGCCUUUGGUCCUAUCUGGACUCAGGUCCUGGCGUAUGCCGAUGUCGAAGGUCUUGACGGUGAAUAUAUUUGUCAUUCCCUGGACAAAAAAUACUGCGCCGCCCCGAAGACCAGCCCUCUUGACACGAGCAAGCUGUUCCCGAAGCCCAAGCCUGCCAAUGCAAACGAAUUAAUCCCCAAGGCAAGCGGCGAACGGGUCAAGGUACUGCAUCUCUCAGACUUCCACCUGGACGCCCGGUACGCUGUCAGUUCUGAGGCGAAUUGCUCGUCAAACUUGUGCUGCCGAAGUGAUAACGACAAUGAGCUCUCCGAGGACGAGCCUCUGCUAUCUGCCCCCGCAUAUGGCUCGUUCUUGUGCGAUACGCCGUAUGACUUGGGCCUGUCUGCUUUGCAGGCCGUAGGCCCGUUGACUGGGACUGGCAAGGGCAAGCAUGAUGAACACCUUGCGUGGACGCUGUACACGGGUGAUCUAGUCUCUCAUGACCCAGCUCCGCAGAUCUCAAAGGCUUUGACUCAAUACACGGAGACGAGUAUCUAUGGCAUGUUCAAGCACUAUCUGUCCGGGCCUGUCUUUGCAGCGCUUGGAAACCACGAUACUAGCCCAGCCAAUAUUGACUCUCCUCACAACAUGCCUGGUCGUCUGGGAGAACAGCAGAGCUGGAACUAUGACCAUCUAGCUGCGUUGUGGCAGCACGAGGGCUGGAUCAGUCGUGAAACAGCAGAUGAGGCGAGAACCCAUUACGGAGGGUAUUCGAUUAAGACGCACUAUGGACUCCGCAUCAUCGCGUUCAACACAGAUUUCUGGCUCAAAAGCAACUUCCUCACCUUCAUCAACGCCACCGACCCAGACAAUUCAGGCGUGUUCAGCUGGAUGAUCUCGGAACUGCAAAAGGCCGAAGACGCCAACGAACGAGUCUGGAUCAUCGGCCACGUCCUCAGCGGCUGGGAUGGCACAAACCCAAUCGCCAACCCAACGAAUCUAUUCUACCAGAUCGUCGAACGCUACUCGCCCCACGUAAUCGCAAACAUAUUCUUCGGCCACACGCACGAAGAUCAAUUCAUGGUCUACUACGCGAACAACGGAACCGUGCAGAAUGCCCAGACUGCCCUGGCCACAGGCUGGAUCAUGCCCAGUGUUACACCACUAACCAACCUAAACAGUGGAUUCAGACUCUACGAAGUCGACACGGGGGAUUUCAACAUCUACAACGCUUACACUUUCUACAGCGAUGUAGCCGACUACCCGGCUCUGGAGGAGACGGGACCGACUUACCAAAUCGAAUACUCGACUCGGGAUACAUAUGGUGCUGCAGCUGGCUGGGAAGAAGAUGAGCCGUUGAAUGCAACCUUCUGGCACCGUGUCACCGAGGCUAUGGAGAAGGACUUGGGACUAGUCACUUUGUUCAAUGAGUACCAGGGGAAGAAGAGUGUCAAGAGCCCUGCUUGUGUUACUGAGGCUUGUCAAAAGGCAAAGAUCUGCUACAUGCGCAGCGGCAGUGUUGCGCUGGGUAGCCAGUGUCCCCAGGGGUACGGAUCCGUGCAAAGCCCAUUCAAGACCAAGUAG